GAUUGGUCAUACUGGUAUCAUAUGUUUUCAAUGUCAAUUCAACUGAAUAGCCAAAUUGCAAUCAAUAAACGCCGUUCUCGUUUCCUCUUCAGUGUUAGUCAUCUCUCAUCACUCAUUCAUAUUUACUGUUAAGAUGUUAUCGUUGUUUAUGUAGGUAGUUGGCUAUAGUUUGAAAACUUGUCAACAAUUAAACAUACCUACAACAAAACAUACACUUUUAUCCACUCAAAAAACAAAUACUAUCCAUCACCGGGAUAGGAAAAUAAAUCUGCUUCGUUCUAGAUCAUCAUUUUUUAUCAAUUUUAUUAAAUUCCUUGUUCAGUGAACGUUGAUGUAAGCCACACGAUCAAAAUUAAACUGGUAAGCUUAUCUUUAUACAAAUCAUAUAAUUUAUAACACCUUUUUAAAAUUUUAUUUUAUUUUUAUCCAUGAAUGAUUGAUUAAUAAGUAAUAUAUAUAUUUUUGUUUAAUAUUUCACAUGUUUAUCAAAAAUAAAAUAUAAAAUUUGUUCAAUUUACUGUUGACUUUUUACUAUUAAUUUACAAUCAAAAUAGUUCUACAAUCUUCCUGCCCACAAUAUACGAUGACUUUGUUGGAAUUCACGGGUUGUGCAUUGGCAGCAUUUGGUCCAGCAUUAUCAAUGUUCAUUGUGACAAUCAUGGAUGAUCCUGUACGUGUCAUUAUUUUAAUAGCAAGUUCGUUUUUCUGGUUACUUAGCCUGCUGUUGUCAUCAAUUGUAUGGUUCAUCUUUCCUAUCAAACAACAAAUAUGGUUUGGAGUCCUCAUAUCUGUAUUGAUUCAAGAAAUGUUCCGUUACUCUUUAUAUCUAUUGCUACGCAAAGCAGAACGUGGAUUGAAACGUUUUGUGGUACACUCUUUGGUAUCCAAUAAUAAACAUAUGUUGUCUUAUGUUUCCGGUUUGGGCUUCGGCAUCAUGAGUGGUUUAUUCUCUUUAAUCAACAUACUUGCCGCAGUUGAAGGACCAGGUACAAUGGGACUCCGUGGUGGAUACAGUGCAUUUUGUAUUGUGUCUUCGAUGUUUACUGCUCUCACCAUAUUUCUACACGUAUUUUGGGGAAUCAUUUUUUUUCAUGGAUUGAAUACUGAUAGCCGAAAUUUAAUUUUAUAUGUAAUCGUAUCACAUAUAGUCGUAUCAGAAGUAACAUUGUUCAACCAAUAUAAUUUUUAUACACCUGCGCUAUUUAUUGUAUUUCUAAUAACACUGGGUACCGGAUGCUAUGCUUUCAAAACAGCAGGUGGUCAACUACCCAUCAUUGACAGAAUUAAAAUUCAAAAUUCAGUAGUUGAAAAUUAAAUAUACCUAUUUUAAAUAUAAUUUUUUUGUUAUAUAAUGUAUGAAUUAACCCUUUGAGGCAUUAUGGUAUUAUAAUAAAAUCAUCUAUUUUAUAUUUUUUAUUUUUAACAUGUUUGCUAAAUUUUAAUAUUUUCCAAGAAAAAAAUUUUCAAAAAAAAUGUGUGCCUCUAAGGUUUAUUAACUAAUUAAUUUUUUACUGUACACUGAAAAUAGAAUUGUUUUUUAAAUUAUAUUUAAAAUGUAUAAAUAAAAUAAUUCAUUUUAUUCAUAACAAAACUAGUCUUAUUAUUUUAAUAUAUUUACCCUGUCCAAUCUAGAAAUUAAUUUGUGUUGAUUUUGAGCAUAGGGCUGUACUCCUUACUUUUAUUUGAACAAUUUAAAUGUAUAAACAAAUAUAUAGUAAAUGCAUAUUUAAUGUAAGAUAAGUAAAUAUUUUGUUAAACUAAUUUAUAUUAGUGAAUUAAUACAAUUAUUAUUUAAUUAAUUUAAUUUAAAUUACAAUUGAAUGUAUACAAAAAUUAGUUUAUUCUUAUUAAAUGUAUUAUUUAGUCAAACCAUGGCAUUAAUUUUAAAAACUAAGUCAAUAAUAGUAUGAUUAUCAAAACAUUUUUUCAUUUUAAAAAUACAAAAAACUAAAUAAAUACAUUUAAAUAAUGAUAAUUUGUUAAUACAAUACAAUUUUUUUGUGUUUAUAAAUUGAAUAAUUAAUAAAAAAAAAUUUAAAAACUACUUAUUGAAUUUGAUUAAUACUAACUGAACAAGAAGAAUUUACAGUUAGUAUAAAUGGUCCUUCAUUACCAGGGAAGAAUGUAGAAGGAAUUAUUUCAUAUGUUCCAGGCUGAAUAUCGGAUAAUUCUAAAAUUACAUACCCAGAUCUGAAAGUGUAAUA